AUGGAAGAGUUUUUCACAGAAUUGACACAAUUUGGUUUGCAACUCGAAGAAUCAUGUCGAGAGUUGAGGACUACAAUUGAAAGUCCUGCGUUGCCGGUAUCCUCGGGAUAUCAUGAAAACUUUCGUGAUAUGUCGAUACAAAGUAAAUCAAUGUUGAAUGAAGUAAUUGCUUUAGAAAAAACUCAAAAUAUCAAUCAUCCUAUGUCGAAAUUAGUUUUGGCUACGAAAAAUGUUUAUGAUCAGAUGAAACAUGAAAUAAGUUUACUGGAGGAACAAUUACGUGAAUUUGGGUUGGAAGAAAUUUUCGUUGCGAAAUCUGCAAUUGCCAAUGAGGAAAUGAAGGAAACGGUCGAGGAAAUCAUGAAGUCAUCUAACGAACCUCCAAAGUUACAUCCCGAACCCGAAAGACGAAAUACAUCACCUGUUACCAAAACAUUUAAAAGACUUUCCACUCAAACACAAGAAAGUCCGACACUUGAAAGCUUUGGUUUAUCGGAUCACGCGAUGGCACUACUUAAAGCUGGUACCCCCGAAUUGAUUAAAGGUUAUGGGAUUCAACUCAUUUCUAAUGAUUCGGAAAAACAAAAGGAUAUGCCAAUUGAAAAAGUUGCCAAGAAAAUUGACGUGACACCAACGUCAGCAUUGGAACGUCAGCAAAUAUCACCCAUGUCAAGUUUUCCAUCUGAUCAAAUGUCAGAAUGCACACAAAUUAGACCCAUUACAAAAGAAGAGAUGGCAACUCUUGGUUAUGAUAUUCGCAGACAAGUUUCUAUGGAAUUUUUAAAUCAGGUCAUAUAUGACAUUAAUGAGAUGGUCGCAGAUAAACACGACUUGCCAGAUUUUCCGCGACAAGCUUGGAAUGAAUUCACGUAUGAUGAACUUUUGAAUGAAAUUGGAGUGGGUGGAACAGCUGCAAUUGAUAUUGUUUUAUUAGCUUUGAUAACUUUGGAUAGAAUUGUAUCAAGAUGCAGCGAUCCUGAUCUAUUGAAAAAAAGAUAUCGAAUUCUUUAG